CUGACGAGUAACUCGCUGGCAGUUGUACUUGCUUAUUGCCCACUCGCUCGAUUGCCAGUCGACGAGUAUACAAUUUUUUCUGUGUCAAUAUUAUUUUAUUGCUUACUGACCGGAGAGAGACGCAAAAAGCUAUAGAAAACCGCCCCGAUUCGCAGUGCCGAUUGCGAUUGAAAGCAAGAUGAACGAGGGCAGGCAGUACUCGAUCCACAGUCUGUGCAGGAUCUGUCUGAACCACCUGCAGAACGACGCCGCCUACGAUUUGUAUAUGGUGCCAGGACUUUCUAAGAAGCUGUGUUUCUGCACAUCCCUGUCCGUGGAACAGAACGAUGGCUUCCCAAAGAACCUGUGCACCCUGUGCUAUACCAAGCUGAACGAGCUGCACGACUUUCAGAAGCAGUGCGUCGAUUCGGUGCAAAAGUUCCAGGAUCUGGUGGCCAGCAACGUCUUUGCCUGCCAGAGCAGCUUCGACGUUUUCGAUUCCAAUGUUGCUGUGCAGGACUACCAGGCUGAGGAGGAGGACCACGUCAACUAUGAUCCGCUACUGAACCAUAAGAUGGAGCUGAUCGAGAACGAGGAGGAUGUCUUCAAAAUGCUGGAACACGUUGACAAGGAGGCCGAGGAGGUGGAGAAGGAGGCCAAGGUGGAGGAGGAUGACGGGGGCAACGUUUCCGUCAAGAUGUUUGACGACGAUUCCUCCAUCGAGAGCGGCAACGACAACGACCACGACCUGGACUUCGAACCAAACAGCAGUGAUGAUGACAUUCCGCUGGCCCAGCGAAUGCGGGGACCAGCUACCGGGUCCGGAUCACACCAGGACCGUUUCAGCAACCUCGACAAACCCAAGCCGAGGCCCAGGGGACGGCCCAAAAAGAUAAAACCGCCUCCGCCAGAGGAGGAGGAGUUGAGCGGCUCAUCCUCCGAAUCAGAUGACUCCGAAGACGAUGCAUCGCGGGGAGAUAAGCCCAAGAGGAAGCGCAUUCCCAUCGAGGAACGCCACCUUCACCGCAUCAUCGACUGCCACAUUUGCCACCAGAAGUUCAAGAAGGCCAUCCGAUACGAGGAGCACAUGAAGUACCACAACGACCUACUGCCCUUCCAGUGCAAGGUGGAGACCUGCAAGAAAGGUUUCACCACCGCCAAUGGGCUGCGCAUACACAUUGACCACGCGCAUACAGAGCUGUCCGAGGUUCACGCCUGCAUCGCCGAGGGCUGCGGCAAGACCUUCCCGCGCGUCCGCCUGCUCACCUUCCACAUGAAGAAGGUGCACGGCAUUACCAAGGCGGCGGCUCCGCUUCGGGACUUCCCCUGCACAGAAUGCGACACCGUAUUCCGCUGCCCCACAGCGCUUAAGAAGCACAUGUAUAAGCACACGGGCGAGGAGCUUCCGUAUCCUUGCAAUAUCUGCGGCAAGCGUUUUGUAAUCAACAGUGCUUUAAGGGAUCACCUUAUGCGACACGCGGGCAUCAAGAACCAUGUGUGCCCGUACUGCGGAGUGGGCAAGACGACGCGCCAGGAGUGGAACAAGCACAUCUUGACCCACACGAAGGAGAAGAAGUACGAGUGCCGGCAGUGCGACCACGCCUCCCACAACAAACAGGCGCUGGCCAACCACGUGAAGGUGGUGCACGAGAAGCGCAAGGACUUCGCCUGCCAGUACUGCGGAAAAACCUUUGGCAAGUCGCACGCCUGUAAGAUUCACGAGCGGAGUCAUACCGGCGAAAAGUGCUGCGAGUGCAAGAUCUGCGGCAAGGUGUUCCUCUUCGAGAAGGGUCUCACCAAGCAUUUGAAGACGCACGAGAAACGUGAUCUGCCCAAGACGCAGGGCGGCAACUCGGUGAUGGGUGACGGUGCCAGUGGAUCCUCGACAAUAGCUAAGCCCAGUCCGCACCUGCGUGGUCGCGUCGAGCGGGUGGACAUUGCCCAGCUGGCGGGAACGGUGGCCAAUCCGAUUCCAUCGGUCAACCUGCCCUCGUGGUCGCCGCAAGUGAACUUCACCAAGAAGGAGGGCCAGCACAUUUGCCCGGAUUGCGGCAAGGGCUUCAAUCACGUGAGCAACAUGAAGCUGCACUACAAGGUGGUACACCAAAAGGUCAAAGACUUCUGCUGCCGCUUCUGCCCGAAGAGAUUCGCCAAGAAGCAGUAUCUGCGGCACCACGAGUACAUUCACACUGGCGAAAAGCCUUACGAGUGCAAGGUGUGCGGCAAGCAUUUCCGGCAGGAGCAGGUGCUCAAGACGCAUAUGAAGGUUCACGACAAGCCGCCUCGUCCGCCGGGCAAGCCCAAGGAGCCGGCCGGACCGAAGGCGGAGUCCAGCACCGCGGUGAAGCGCCAGCAGCCGAAGAAUUUCGAGCAGUACCAGGAUCCGGCGGCGGAAAGGGCAGCGGCCACCGCCGAGCUGCUGGCCUACCAAAUCGAGGAGAACGAGGCCAAGCGCAAGGCAGAGGCGGAGCUUCGGAAAAUCCAGGAGGCUGCCUUCGAGCAGCUAAACAAGCUGCAGAAGCAGACAAACACGUACGAUGGCUUCUACGCUCAGAAGGCGGAGGCGGAGGGCACCUCGGUGGACGCACUGAAGUUGGAUCAUAUUCCCCCUGGAACAGGCAUCAUGGAGGAGGAGGCCGAUGUAGCCCAGUACUCGGUACACGCGGUGUGCCGCAUCUGCCUGAAUCGCCUGCCAGAGAAUGGCGGCGGAGCAGGAUCCUUUGACCUGUUCCUGAUCCCCGGAUUGGCCAAGAAGUUGUGUGUCUGCACUUCGCUGGCCGUGGAACAGUCGGAUGGCUUUCCCAAGUGUCUGUGCGCGCCGUGCUUCAGCCGACUGGACGACCUGCAUCAGUUCCAAAAGCUGUGCGUGGACUCGGUGCAAAAGUUCCAGGACAUGGUGACCAGGAACGUCUUUUGUCCGCCAGCGAGUGGGCAGAUAAAUAACUUCGAUUUGCUCAACGUAGCUGGAAACGAGCCCGAACUGGUGGGCCAGGAUGAGGAGGAUCGCAUCAACUUCGAUCCGCUAUUGGACCACAAAAUGGAGAUGAUCGAGAACGAGGAGGAUGUGUUUAAGAUGUUGGAGCACGUGGACAAGGAGGCCGAGCAGGUUGAGAAGGAAGUGAAGCAAGAUGAAAUGGAUGCCGCCGAUCUGAUGACCAUUUUUGCCGCGGAUUCCUCGGAGGAGAGCGACGAAGACUUUGACCAAGAUGUGGACUUUGAGCCUAACAGCAGCGAUGGUGACGAUGAUGUGCCUUUGGCACAGCGAUUAAGGGAUAAUUCCCGGUCGAAACCAAAAGCGAAGGCACCCGUAAUUAAGGAAGAGGAGGAGGAGGAGGUAAUUUCAGGCUCCGAGGAGGAUGACGAGGACGGAGAGAAGUCAAAGAGCCGGCGCAAGAGGAUUCCGACUGGCGAACGCCACCUGCACCGCAUCAUCGACUGUCACAUUUGCCACCAAAAGUUCAAGAAGGCCAUCCGCUACGAAGAGCACAUGAAGCACCACAACGAUCUCCUGCCCUUCCAAUGCAAGGUGGAAACCUGCAGGAAAGGUUUCACCACCGCUGGAGGAUUAAGGCUUCACAUCGACCACGCCCACACGGAGCUAUCCGAGGUCCACUCCUGCAAUGUCGAUGGCUGCGGCAAGACCUUUCCACGUAUACGCCUGCUCACCUUUCACAUGAAAAAGAUGCACGGUAUUACCAAGGCAGCGGCGCCUCCAAGGGAUUACCCUUGCACCGAGUGCGAGAAGGUAUUCCGCUGUCCCAUGGCGCUCAAGAAGCAUAUGUACAAGCACGACGGCAAGGAGCUGCCAUUCCCCUGUAACAUUUGCGGCAAAAGGUUUGUGAUCAAUAGUGCUUUAAAGGAUCAUCUGAUGCGGCACGCGGGCAUCAAGAACUACGUGUGUCCUUACUGUGGGGUGGGAAAAACCACCAGGCAGGAAUGGAACACGCACAUACUGACGCAUACCCAGGAGAAGAAGUUCAAGUGCCACAUCUGCGAGCACGCCUCACACAACAAGCAGAGUCUGGCCAAUCACAUUAAGAUCGUGCACGAGAAGAUCAAAAACUAUGCGUGUCAAUACUGUGGAAAGACUUUCGGGAAGUCACACGCUUGCAAGAUCCACGAGAUGACGCACACGGGAGAAAAGCGAUGCGAGUGCAAGGUCUGUGGGAAGAAGUUUCUCUACCCUAAGAGCCUGACCAAGCACUUAAAGACUCAUGAAAAGCGUGUGCUUCGUGCUAUUGAAACCUACCGCCAGCGGCAGGUGGAAAUGGGCGAGACACCUGGUGAGCAGUUCGAAAAUCCCCCUGCGCCACCAGUUGAGGGCGUAUCCAUUGAACCGAUCAUGUCGCAAAACGCUGCUGACGAAUUGCUCAAGGUGUGCGCCGAAUCCGUGGCUACCAUACCUAAAGAUCCACGCCGUGUACAACGAGUGGAUCUGGCGCAGUUGGCUGGCACUGCUGUGAAUCCCAUACCCUCAGUUUCAGUGCCGUCAUGGUCGCCACAGGUGAACUUCACCAAGAAGGAGGGCAAACAUAUCUGCCCCGGGUGUGGUCAGGGAUUCAACAACAUCGGAAACAUGAAGCGGCACUAUAAGAUCAUCCACGAGAAGGUCAAAGACUUUGCCUGCCGCUUUUGCCCAAAAAGAUUCGCAAAGGCUCAAACGCUGAGGCACCACGAGUGGAUUCAUACGGGCGAGAAACCCUUUGAAUGCAAGACCUGCGGCACCCGUUUCCGCCAGGAGACGGCGUUAAAGCGCCACCAGCGAACCCACGAGAACCGUCCACCCGUUAUUUCGCCCAAGUUCUAUGCCGCUCGCGAGGAGCUGGAAGAGCAGGAACGCAGCAAGAGAGAGGCAAAGCGCCAGGCGGAUGCGAAGCGACGCGAAAUCGCUGAGGCGGCCAAGGAGCAGCUUUCCUCGCUACACAAGCUUGAGAGCAGUGACCGCAGUCUGCACUCCUACGACGAGUACCAGGAGGCAGCGGCGGAGCGGGCAGCGGCAUCCGCCGAACUCCAGGCGCAGCAGUUCGAAGAGAACGAGGUAAAGCGACUGGCGGAGGAGGAACGCCGCAAGAUUCAGGAGGCUGCCUACGAGCAACUGCAGCGGUUGCAGCAUCAGCAGGAGAUUGACAAGGCGCAAAGCUCCUACGAUGGCUACUACGCUCAGAAGGCGCAUGCCGAUGGCACCAGCUUCGAUGCCUUAAAAAUCGAUCACGUCUGA